AUAAAAAUAAUAUCGAGAAUACUCAAUAGUAAAGUCUCUCCCAAAAGGAUUUAGGUUUUUGUUUGUAGAUUGAAAGGAAAUCGGAUUGGGCAAUCAGAAGGAAGGCGGAAAACCGGAGAUUGGGAGUGCGGACGAAGAUUUGAUUCAAGUUUCAAUUGAGCCUCAGCCUCGGCCUUAGGCAGGAAAUUAUACGAAAAUCGCUUCAGCGAAACAAAGAAAGAAAAUGGACCCUGGUCGCUACCCUGUUCAACAAGGACAUGAAUGGGAUAAUAACAACGUAAUUGUGGUUUCCUCCUUUAUAAGCAAAUCACCUAUACGGGGUUGGGAUCAUUCUCUCAUCCCCUUAUACACAUAUGAAACAAAGCCCUACAGCACUCAGGAUAUGGACUCUCCAUUUGCCUAAUUCAUAUUACUUUCUCUCAUUGACAUAACUUCUCUCUUCAAUCCACAGGCUCUUGAGGGUUUUCCUGCUGUUCUUGACCACAAUUACCGGUUAGUGCUUGCCCACUUCUCUUUCAUCGUCUCCAAGGGUCAGUGGUUCAUAUGAUGAGAGGAGGUAUCUAGAUGAAAGAUACUCGAGGGAUAAUGUGUAUUUCAGAGGUUCCUACCACAGAGAUUUUCUGGAGAGGGAGAACCAAUCCGCUCCACCUGCAGCUUCUGGUAUCUGGUCUCAAUCAAGGAGGACAACUUAUGAGGAAGAAUAUCCCCACAAUCGGGAUUCUAGGCGUCACCAGAAGCCUUAUGCUGAUUCUUAUAGUGACAUGGAUACAUUUCGUGAUCACGAGAUCACUCAAUUUCAAGAUUUUGAUAAGUUUCGGGAUGGAUAUCAUGGUGUUGACAACUUUCACGAUCAUGAAUUUGACGGGCCCUCUAGGUUUGGGGGACGAGAAAGAGAUAGCUCAUAUGAUGAUUAUGACUAUAGGCCACGCAUUUCCCAUCAGAGCAGGGACAACAGCCGUGAGAGGGAUUAUGAAUAUGGCCGACAUAGUUAUGGUUCUGAUUAUGAAAGAGGCAGUCGGAGAGAGGGCAAUUGGAGGAGGCGUGAAUCGCGUGAACGAGAUCACUUGAGUAGAGAGAGAGAUCAGAGUUCACAUAAAAGACAUGAGAGAUCUCGAUCACGGUCCCGUGGACGUGAUGAUCGUCCUAGAUCAAGGUCACCUCGAGGUCGAAACCAUGGACGAAGCCAUCGUGAGGAUAGCUAUGAUGAUGAUCGGAAUGAUAAGACCGAGAAGCGAAGGGAUCGUGAAGAGAAAUAUCAAAGUGAACAUUAUUCCGUGGCGCCAUCUGCAACUGUUGUUGUGAAGGGUCUCUCACAAAAAACAACCGAAGAAGAUCUAUAUCAGAUUCUUGCCGAAUGGGGGCCACUACGCCAUGUCCGAAUCAUCAAAGAACGACAUUCUGGGAUUUCUCGUGGAUUUGCUUUUAUUGAUUUUCCUUCUGUGGGGGCAGCAAGCAGUAUGAUGGAGAGGAUUGGUGAUGAUGGUCUUGUUGUUGAUGGUCGGAAGCUUUUCUUCGAGUACAGUAGUAAGCCCACUGGAAGCACUGGUGGACCUUUUGGUAAUGAUAAUGCCAUGAAGUUGGGCCAUUCGAAUCAUAGGGGCAUCACAGUACCUUGUGAUUGGAUGUGCACCAUAUGUGGAUGUGUCAAUUUUGCACGACGAACUGCAUGUUUUCAGUGUAAUGAACCACGUACAGACGAUGCUCCAGCAGCUGACAUAUCUUUAUCACAUUCAGCAUCCUUAGGAAAGAAAGGAACCGAGUCAGGUCCUACUCAUGUACUGGUUGUUCGUGGGUUGGAUGAAAAUGCCGAUGAGGAAAUGCUCCGUUAUGAGUUCUCUAAACAUGCUCCAAUUAAGGAUCUUCGCCUUGUUAGAGACAAGUUCACCCAUGUGUCAAGGGGGUUUGCUUUUGUUCAUUUCCAUUCGGUUGGUGAUGCCACAAAAGCUCUAGAAGCUACAAAUGGAACAACGCUUGAGAAGAAUGGGCAAAUCCUAAGAGUAGCGUAUGCAAAGAGCAUUCUUGGGCCUGGAUCAGGGGCACCGGGAGCUUCACAGUCAAGCAGCCUUGCAGCUGCUGCAAUUGAGGCUGCAGCAUUUUCUCAACAGUAUGAUGCUGCUGGAUGGACACCAAAGGAAUAUAAUCCAGAUGACAAGCAGUCUACUAGUUGGCAGGAGCAAGUUAUUGGUACAGUUCCAGUUCAACAAGAUGGUACGACUUUGCAUUCUGGAUUUGUAUGGGACAAAGCCUCUGGUUACUACUUUGAUGCUGCUUCUGGGUUUUACUAUGAUGGAAAUACAGGUCUUUAUUAUGAUGGUAAGAGUGGGAUAUGGUAUUCGUACGAUAACCAGUCUCAGCAGUACAUCCCUUGUGAUCAGAAUGACAACAAAACACCUAAUAAGCAGUCUGAGUCUUCCAAGGGAACUGAUAGUAGGAAGGUAGUAAUAUCUGCACCUGCUGCUACUGUCACUUCAGUUGAGAAGGCGGCCUCUUUACCUGAUGCAGUUCAAGCUGCUGCAACAGCAGCACUAGCUGCAGAGAAGAAAGAGAAGGAAAAAGCAAGAGAGAUAAAACUUGCUUCGAAGAGCAGUAUACUGGCUAAUAAGAAGAAAAUGAAUAACGUGUUGACAAUGUGGAAACAAAGGAGUCAUGAAGGGCAGGCAACCCGUUUAACUCUUGAUGAAAAUCACUUGUCUGCAUCAUCUGAGGAUAGACCUCAGCCAUCUGGACAACAUGCCAAGAGUAAAGUUAAAUUUGAUGUGAUGGGCCAGAAGGAUAGUAAUACAUCAAGUUCAGGAGUCAAUACAACCGCCCUAGCUGCGUUUACUGGGGGUUUGGAAUCUCAAGUAAAGGCAAGGCCUGUAUGCAACAGCACAGGGGGAACUUUAAUGGGAGUAAUAAGAGGCUCAGCUAGAGGGGUGGUGAAGUCUGAUACCCCAUACUCUGGAUCAUCCACUGGAGUUUCCAAUUCAGCUGUUAUUGGAAGUGCUGAAGUUUCAUCAACUAAUUCAGAUAUGCCCGCAGUUAUGACUCCGUUUAGGACUGAUGCAUCUGCAUUGGGUUCUUAUACACCUUCGGCUGUAUCUGUGACUGGUAAAAGAAGGUUUUAUGAAACGCCAGUGCCUUCUACCACAAAGGAGCAGUCUCAAACCGGUUACAGAGACCGUGCGGCUGAGAGGAGGAACUUGUAUGGUUCGUCAUCUUCCACUGGAGAUGAUAUGCCUGGCCAGGAGCUCAGGAAUUCAAAUCGAGAUAUGGCAUUCAAAAAAUUCUCCUCAGAUCCAAUGCCUUUCCCACCUGGUGUUGGAGGUGGACGUGGGGUUGUGUCGGAUGAUGUUCAAAGCUUUGAGGUGAUCACAACAGAGAAAGCAAUUGAUGAGAAAAAUGUGGGCAACCAAAUGCUCCGCAAUAUGGGUUGGCAUGAAGGAUCGGGAUUGGGGAAGGAUGGAAGUGGAAUGAAGGAACCGGUACAAGCGCAGGCAACGGAUGGUAGAGCAGGACUCGGAAGCCAGACAAAGAAGUUGGACCCAAGCCUUGAGGUGCAAGCCGGUGACAGUUACAAAACUGUGAUUCAUAAGAAAGCACUUGCUAGGUUUCGUGAAAUGUCUUAGU